AUGAAUAUCAAGAUAGCUAUAGGAAUAGCAGAUAGGAAACUGGUGGUGAAGGACUGGACUAUAUUAACAAAUGUGUCCGAGAAUGUUGUAGCAAUGUCUAAUGCAGCGGCUGGCCUGGUCGAUGGGUUGUUUUUAGGUGCUGUAUUUGAUCAAGAUGACAGUCGGCAAGUCGUGCCACUAGGAACAUUAUGUGAUGUUCGCUUCUUGGCAUGCUUCAGAUUCAACUUAUGGUGGAUGACUCAGAAAAUGGGCAACAAGGGUCGUGAUAUUCCAAUGGAAACACAGUUCUUGCUGUUAGAAACAAAGAAUGGAUCCUCAGAUAAUAAUGAAAUUGUUUAUACUGUCGUCCUUCCUUUAGUUGAAGGACCAAUUAAAGCUAGUCUUCAGGGGAAUGACAAGGAUGAGGUAGGGUUGUGUUUAGAGAGUGGGGCUAUUAAGACUGUUGGAUCGGUGUUUGGGCAUUCGGUGUAUAUAAGUGCCGGUACUGAUCCAUUCGAGACCAUACACGAGGCCAUGAUGGCUGUGAAGUUGCAUCUGGGGACAUUCAGGCUAACGCACGAGAAAAAAUUACCCGGGAUUGUGGAUUCUUUUGGGUGGUGUACUGGGAUGCUUUCUACGACGAGGUGA